CUGCCUAUUUCUCAGAUAACCACACGGGUGAAAAGUGCUCAGGCCCGGAAACAAAUGCUUCCUGCGUGGGACGUGAAGUCGCCAUCACCACCGACAGCGGCUCUAACAUUGCAUGGAGGCUGAACUCAAUAAUGUUUGGACUUUGCAUUUCGCCUGAUUUGGCCAACGUAGAGUACCGACAGGAUGUUUUGCUCGGAUUAACCACCCGAAGAAGAAGAACGUCCGCUUCAGUGCUGUGAGCACGUUUUUCAAAGCGAUCCAGACAACUUCCAGAAAGUUCCAAACAGAUAAAAGCCUCGACGAAACCGAGUGUCCCAAGUCAUGGAAAUGUUUGUAAUGCCGAUAGAAAUAGAAGAGUACACGGAGGAGGUACUUUCUGGAACAAAAGAGAUGGAGCUACACCAACUAAACAUGCAGCCUCGAGUUGUUUUACGCCAAAUUACAGCUCCACUAGCAGAUACCGACUGUCCUUCUUCCGACAGCGAUGAUUACGAAUACCGCGACGAUAAGAAAGACGAUGAUUAUUCUGCCGACGAAGAUGACGAAGAUGACGAAAGCGACGAGGAUGAUGACGACCUGGACGAAGACGACAACCUUUCUCCGUGUCCUCGGUGCGGGAAAAUGUGUAAACCGGGAUAUUUGAAGCAGCACAUCAAAAGACACUAUACAAAAAAAGGUGUUUUUGUCUGCUCAGUUUGCGGUAAACAGUUGUCUUCCAUAGAAACUUUAAAACACCACACAAAAACACACUCGGGCGAAAAACCUUUUCUCUGCUCAGUGUGCGGUAAGUGCCUCACGACUAAAGCUAGCUUAAAAAGUCACAUGAGGAAACACACUGGAGAGAGACCUUACGAAUGCUCGGUGUGUAGUAAAAGAUUCAUCUUAACAUCAAGUUUACGACUCCACAUGAGAACGCACACCGGAGAGAAACCUUUUGCCUGUUCGGUUUGCGGUAAACGAUUCGCGUUCAGAAGCGGUAUCAUAAGACACCGAAAAAUGCACCUUGGCGAGAAACCUUUUUACUGCUCAGCUUGCGGUAGAAGUUACACGAGAAAAGAAUAUUUCGAAAACCAUUCUUGUAAAGGGACUGACGGAAAAGCAAAAUUGAAGGGGAACAAUUAAAGGGUACCACGGACUUAAAGGGGAAGUUCAGAAUUUUUGACAUUAGGCUUAGGGUUGUUCCGAUCAUGUUUUUUUGCUCCCGAUCCGAUCCCGAUCAUUUUAGUUUGAGUAUCUGCCGAUCCCGAUAUGUCCCGAUCCGAUUGCUUUUUUUUUUUUUGCUCCCGAUUCAAUUCCAAUCAUUCCCGAUAAUUUUUCCCGAUCAUAUACCUUUUGGCAAUGCAUUAAGAAAAAAAUGAAUAAAACUUGGACGAAUAUAUACAUUCAACAUACAGUACAUAAGUACUGUAUUUGUUUAUUAUGACAAUAAAUCCUCAAGAUAGCAUUUACAUUCCACGGAUCCACGGAUAGAAAGACUUGUAAUUCUUAAAGGAUAAAUAUGACUUUGUAUAUUGCGACUAAAUAUUCUGUAGCCAUUUAACUGUUCUGCCCAAAUGCAUGAAGGGAAGUGCAGCCAUGACUGUGCGUAGUGGUACCAAUUGAUAUAUAUUCUCUGCGUUGGGAAAUAAGAGUGUUUAGAAAAAAAAUCAAUUACUACCUUUCUUCCCCACAUUGCUUCCCACAAUAUUUCUAAUCGUAGGGAGAGGGAUUGUAAGGCUUUAGCCAAUUAAAAAAAGGCUCAAAAGGCUGCCAAAAUACACUCAUUUUACGCUGCCUUUUAGCUCUAUAUAUACUUAAAAUGGCGCCGUUACAGAUUGAAUGCGACAAUGCGUGAGUGGGUCGUGCAGCGCAUGCGUUAAAUAUUUUAACGUGAUAAAUUUUUUAAAAAAUUAAUUAGCGCCAUUAACGGGAUAAAUUUGAUAACCCUACCUUAAGCCUAAACUAAAGACUCUGGAUGAGUGUAACAUAGUAUGUCCGUAACGUUAAAUACAAUUAGAAAACGAUUUAGUUUUUAAAAAUCUAUGUAUUUAAAAAAGGCAUGUCCGAUAUUUUUUUGCCGAUUCCAAUACUUUGAAAAUGACGUGAUCGGACCCGAUCGAUCGGCAUCAUCUCUAAAUUAGGCUUAAUCUUCGCGUUAGUGGGGGUUGAAUUAGUUGAUUUCAACAAAGU